UCCCCACUUUUGAUUUUCUGCUCUGCUUUGAGUUUUACCAGCGAACGGUCUUUUUUUUUGUUGCUUUUUCUGGUUUCUCGGCUAAAUCUGCCAAAUGGAGGGACCUUAGCUCUUCUCCUGCUUUUCUUGCUCUCUACUUACAUCCUCUACUUUGACUUUUAAUCGAUCUUCUUUUCUGCAACUGGUUCGCGUAAUUUGUACAGGCAAGUCCGCGAGGAAAGCUCUUACUUCUGGAAACGCCAACCUAAUGUCUCCACCGUUGCUUGACGUAGUGGUAGGGCAACAGAAUGUCUCACUUGUGGCUUCUUCGGCCUCUGGUGAGGGUAGCUGCCAGAAUAACUCCGAAUUAAAAGAGCGUAACUACAUGGGAUUCUCUGAUUGUUCUUCAGUGGACAGCUCCGCAAUCUCAAAUAUGUCCGAAGAAAAAAAUAGCAGCCUGAAUCUGAAAGCAACAGAACUAAGGCUUGGGCUUCCUGGAUCCCCAUCUCCCUCGAGGGAUCCAGAGCUUUCCUUGCCGAGUUCCAGAAAACAAGAUGAGAAGCCCUUGUUUCCUUUAUUGACUUCAAAUGAUGGUAUUCACUCUUCAUCACAAAAGACUGCUGUUUUAGGAAACAAGAGAUGGUUCUCUGAGGCCAUGGAUGGUUUUUCUGAAGUGAAAAGUGCUGCAUUUACUGAAGGGAAGAAUUGGAUGUUUCCGGUUGCUUGCUCUGAAUCAGAAACUGCCCAAUCUGCACUUCAAGGGAAAUUUUCUAUUAAUUCGGGUGUUAAUGUUAUGCUGUCACCUAAGGCUUGCCUGAACUCGGGGGUGAAAUCUGUUUCUGUCAAGGAGCAUCCUGGAGCUCAGCCAGCCAUGUUGAAAGAAGCUGCCCCUGCUAAGGUAUUACAGGAGAAGCCUCGUGCUGCCAAUGAUAACAACCAUACCCGUAGUGGUGCUGCUAAUAACAAUAGCAGUCCGCCUGCUGCCAAGGCUCAGGUAGUGGGUUGGCCACCUAUUAGAUCAUUUAGGAAGAACAAUUUGGCAACCACUUCAAAGAACAAUGAUGAAGUCGACGGGAAACCAGGACCUGGUGCUCUUUUCGUUAAGGUCAGCAUGGAUGGUGCUCCUUAUUUGAGGAAGGUAGACCUCAGAACAUACUCUGCAUAUCAAGAGCUCUCUUCUGCACUUGAGAAGAUGUUCAGUUGUUUUACUAUAGGCCAGUGUGGUUCACAUGGAGCUCCGGGGAGGGAGAUGCUGAGUGAGAGUAAGCUGAAGGAUCUUCUGCAUGGGUCAGAAAAUGUUCUUACCUAUGAGGACAAGGAUGGUGACUGGAUGCUUGUGGGAGAUGUCCCGUGGGAGAUGUUUAUUGAUUCAUGCAAAAGGUUGAGGAUAAUGAAGAGCUCUGAUGCAAUUGGCUUAGCUCCAAGGGCAAUGGAGAAAUGCCGGAACAGAAACUAGGUACCAUGUCUAACAUUAUGGGUUGCUUCUCGCCAGCAAUCCAUGGUAGAAAGAAUCCAUUGGAGGAGUCAGGGGAGCAAAUGGAGAAGAGUGAGGAGGGAAUGGGGUGGCAGGAUGGUAGACCUGGGUUACAAAUGCCGAGUCUAUUUAUAUUUGGUUUCCUGGUAAUUCAUGUUGCUUUCAAUUGUCUAGAGCCCAUCUUUACAAUUAUAAAACUAAGGAUGCAACUGUUGGGCUUGGGAGGUACCUCUUUUAAGUAAUUUUGUGCGUUGAGUUCUUGUUUUCCCACAAGAACAUGCUAGCAUAGAAAGUGGGUUUAUGGUGGAUGUGUGUGUACUGUUUGUUC